AUGGCGCUGGCCCUUGCCGGCGAGUCGGUCCCCGGGGACGGCGGAGACACCGUGGGGAUGCGCCCGGCCAGCCUGGCUGCCUACUACCCCGCUUUCCUCCCUCCCGCCCAAUACUUCGAGGCGGCCCCCGACUUCUUCCAGCCCCUGAAAUCCCUGGGCGGGCUGGUCCCCGCCUCCCCUUCUCUGCCUUCCCUCAGCUUCGGCAGGGUCCCCGCUUUCCUGAGCCAGCCGCCCGCCCCGGGCUCGCCCCCGCCGCCCUGCCCGAGCCCCCCGCGCAGCCCCGGGGCCGCGGGGCAGAGCUACAGGUACCGCUUCACCGAGGAGGAGCUCAACGCCGUGCUGUACGGAGCGCUGCGGAGCAGCCAGGAGCCCGGCAGCCUGCACGCCAUCUCGGGGCUCCGGCUGCCCCCCGCCAGCCCGGGUAAGGGGCUCCGGGCCGGAGGGGCUCCGGGCAGAAAGGAGGUGGGCUUUGGGGUCGGUCCUGGCCCACACGGGGAAGAGCUGGGGGUAUCUCGGGCUGCGGCCGAUGCCGGGCUGAAGAAAGGCUCCCUCUUCUGCAGGUGCUGCGGACUCGUCCUCGGCCCCGCUGCUCGACAGGGACUCCCUGCAGCUGCCCGAAGGUACGGACCCCACUCUGCCUGCGCCCCCCGCCGCGCCCGAGCCCCACUCGGCUCUCAGCCCGCCCUGUCCCCUACAGGGCUCACGGUGCUGCGAGUGGCGUACGGGGACGUGUCUCAGCUCGGAGUCUUCUGCACGGAUCCCAUCCCCAAAGGAGUCCGCUUCGGUCCUUUCCAAGGCAAAGUGGUCAACACCACCGAGAUCAAGACUUACGACGACAACUCGCUGAUGUGGGAGAUCUUUGAAUACGGACGCCUGAGCCACUUCAUAGACGGGAAGGGCGCCUCUGGCAACUGGAUGUCCCUGGUGAACUGCGCCAGGUUCCCUGAGGAGCAGAAUCUGACGGCUAUCCAGUGCGAGGGGCAAAUCUUCUACGAGACCUGCAAGGAAAUCUUGUCGAAACAGGAGCUGCUGGUGUGGUAUGGAGACUGCUACGUGCAGUUCCUGGGCAUCCCCAUCAGCCUGAAGGGCAUGCCGGAGGGGAAGAGACCCCCGCAGCAUCCCGAAGAAGCCGGGGAGAGCUUUAAGUGCGAGCGCUGCGGCAAAGUGUUUGCCUACAAGUACUACCGGGACAAGCACCUCAAGUACACUCGCUGCGUGGACCAGGGGGACCGCAAAUUCCCGUGUCACCUUUGUAACCGAUCCUUUGAAAAAAGAGACAGGCUGAGGAUCCAUAUUCUUCACGUUCACGAAAAGCACAGACCUCACAAGUGCUCAGUGUGUGGGAAGAGCUUUUCUCAAUCCUCCAGCCUGAACAAACACAUGAGGGUUCACUCUGGGGAGCGUCCAUAUAAAUGUGUCUACUGCAACAAGGCAUUCACAGCGUCCAGCAUCCUGCGCACUCACAUCCGCCAGCACUCAGGGGAGAAGCCCUUCAAGUGCGAGCACUGCGGCAAAGCCUUCGCCUCGCAUGCAGCUCACGACAGUCACGUGCGCCGCACGCACAGCAAGGAGAAGGGCUGCACUUGCUCAGUGUGUGGCCAGCACUUCCCAGAGCAGGAGCAUUACCACUUCCACAUGAAGAUUCAUGCCACUCAUUAGUCAAGAGCCUCAUGAAUGAAUCCUGGAGCCGUGUGUAUUGGACUAUGCAUGAGUUCAUGUGUUGUUCUGUUCCAGGAGGUUACAUUUACCCUAGCAAUGACUCUUAUGUAUAUCUGGUGUGUGGGCCCUGCAUAUGUUUCUGAGUGCUGGGAACAGGAGUUUCUUGCCUGGGGUUACCCUGUUGCACACUGGGGUGAAAUCUGACAUGUGCUACCCACCCCAUCUUUCUUUUUGUCUCCUCCCCUAUCCCAAUUUCCACAAGUGGGAAACACAGGCAGGAGAGAAAUUCACCUCCCAUGAACCUUUUGUGCACAAAUAUCACUGUGAGGAAUGUUUCCAUGUCUCUAAUGCACCAAUGUUAUGGACUGCCUGGUGCAGUACAUACAAAAGCUUGUUUGAGAUGCAUUUUUUACCAAGUGUAUUUCUCAAAGCUAUUUAACCUGUUUGUUUUGUUUGGGUGCAUGACCAGGCAUGAAGUCUACUUCCACUUAAUGCCAAGGCUUUUCAUGACCCUCUUAUUCGAAUCUGAACUGCCUCAGAGAUACUGACUGCUGGACUAGCAUUAGGGGUAUUUAAUUUUCUUUCAGCUUCCGCAACACAGGGAGCUCCAGGGCACUGAGGACAAGUCUUCCAGAGGACACUGGCCCCUGGUGAGCCCAGGGAUGUAGUAGAGUGUGAUGAAUUAACUUCAGGCUCUGUCCUCUCAGUUUAAGGGCCAAACAUGAAGAUGUUCCCAAGCACCAAUGAGCUCUCAGGUAGGUCAAAGUCAGGUGGCCUCAUAGAGGCGUUUGUUGCACUGUGGGAUCAGCACAGGCCAGGAGCAGGUAUGAUCCCAUCACUAAUUUCCCUGAACUCUGUCUCUCAUCUGGGCCAGGUGGGCUUUAGCAAUAAUUCCUGACGCAAAGGUUGGGGUUUUCUACUUAGUCCCCUGGCUUUAAACUCCCUUCCCCUAUCCUAAAUUUGAUAUUUAAACUGUAGGAUAGGUGUUGCUAGGACUUCUUAUCCCAUAAAGUCUGCACAUGAAAUUCCUUUCCCAGCCUGUAGUAAUCCCUUUGCCUCCAUGGGAGGGCUGGAGGGUUUAACCUUCCAUUUCUCACUGACACUGCAGGCAAGUCAGGGGUGAUUUGUGCAGGUUUUCUGUUGUUUUCUUUUGAGCAAAACAGAAGUAUUAGCUCAUAAAAACGCUAGUAUUGGGGUUUUUUUCUAUAGAAACAGCUGCUCAUUUAGGUACGGAUGAGGCAAUGUAAUCACUCUAUGAUCGUUUUCUGCAGAGCUCUGGUUUUGUUUCUUUUGCACUCUGACCUGGAGAAGGACAAUGACAAGUCAGACAUUCUAUCCUUUCAUAUCAACUAACUUUGGCCCAGAUCAAAACUUGUCUUAAAUUUCAGCAUAAAAUCCUAGGUGGUUAGACCUGGGUUUUUAGAUAGUAUUUUCAAAAUCAUGAAAAAUCCUUCAUGAGCAGCAAGCCCUGGCAAUGUGAAAUCUCAGCUUGAUGGAGGCUUAGCAAAAAAAAUUGUACUAAAGGAUCACUGAGUUUAGGCAGUGUUGUAACCAGUGCAAAAGCCUCUUAUCACUGAGUGAUCAGCACGAUGGGCAGGGGUGUGCAAUUGAGAGGGGUUCCUUGUUGGUGGGGCUGUUAGAUCCAGGAAGGACAACAGAAGCCCUUGCUGGACCUGGCCAAUUAACGCAGAUUAUUUGAUAUUACUGGGAUGAUGAGGUUGUCUAAAUAUCCCGGAGCAUGCAGGAUUAUCAAGGUCACUUUUCACUUAAAUAUCAGAAAUAAACACUUUUAUUUGGUGCAAAACUUAAUGAUCCCUUUAAAUUCAGUGUUAAACAAGAAAAAUGUUACCGGCGCAUUUAGUUAUAUAACACAGGUACUAUAUCUGUAAACAUCUGUAUUGAUUUGCACUAAUUUUAUAUGGUUUAUGGCACAUUAAAUUGUUUUCAUUGUAAAAAUAUAUAUUUUAAUUUAAAAUACUACAGCCUGCCUGUGUGGAAGUGUUUUUUCCCCAAGCAUGCAGAACCAACAGAAAUGUGAAUUGUGUGUGUGAAGGCUUUGCUGGUUCAGUCCCAUAAAAAACUCAAGGUUUGAAACUGUCAACUACCUACUUAUGAAAUGUUAUGACCAGAAAUGGCUUAAAGGUGGUAUGACAUGCAUAGUUGGCCUCCCAUGCAGGUCAUCUCUUUGUUUCUUGUGAAUGAGGGUUAUUUAAGUGAUGCAUCUUUUCUAGUGCUUUUAGCUGUGUGCGUUUUCUUCCCCUCAAACCCCCAAAUAUCUUUUAUUAAAAUAUUGCACUCUUCUACAGUGUUGUGUGACGAGUUGUCUGUAAUAAAAUGAGUAUGUGAAGAUUUUUUUAUUUUGUUGUACUUGUGA